UACAUUAUUACGUGGAAACAAUAUGUUACGUAGAUGUUCCUGUCCUAGAUUUGCGUUAGCUUAACUACCGUUACGUUACACUUAUUGUGUGUGGUUUUCGGUCGGUUUGCAUUAUAUGUUAUCAAGUUUAAACGAAGACAUUUUUGACCCACUAAGACAGUUGGUUAAGUAUAAGGAACUGGGCAGGACAGUGAAAUGGUUACCAUGAAAAUGUUUAAAAUUUUCUUAUUAUCUUAUUUAGUUUUAAUAGCUUUUGUGUUGAUUGGUACCGGUGAUGCGAAUAGUGAAAGGAGUCAUAGAAUUAAGAGAUAUUUACGUUUUGACAAUAUUUCUCAUUUUUUCUAUCGCCUCAACUUCAAAGCCAACAUGGUGCCCUGGAACCAGAUAUACGCCUACGCGCUGGGGUUCCGUAUGAACUGGGACGAACCGCCUGACUCUUUUCACCCCUACCGCCAUCUGCAUCGGAGAUCAGUCUACGAUAAUCUGGAAACACUGCUGGACAGAAACGGUCUCAACGGGUACCACUGCAUUCGCCGCGCAGUCUGCGAGACGCAAAUGCUACUAAAGCCUACGGGGGUGUACUUCAACAUACUUAAAAUGGUUUUUCGAAAGCAGUCAUCGGCAACUGAAAAAUGGCACAACGUAACAGAGGAGGGAUGUCAACAGUCAAUCUCCAACUGCCCCUUUUCCUUGCUCGAAGUGUCACCUUACACUGACUUAUGAAAACGAGAUCUCUUCCACUGAUAUUCGUGUUGUGUUGAUACGCGCGGUGUCACUGUCGAUGUGUGUGUGUGUCUGGGGGGGGGGGGGGGGGGGGUUUGGACGUUACUAUCCCGACAACAAUGCGUCAGCAACCCAAUUUAAGUUCAAAUUCAAUGUUUAUUGACUUGAUAGUAAAAUGUGAACGCUGCAGCGGCUGAGAUUUCAAAUUAGAAGAACUAUAAAAAUAUAAUGCACUGGGAUUGGAGCGAUAUGGUGGAGGCGGAUCUGCGCGAGCUUCGAGUCGACAAUUGGCGGAGAGGUCGCACAGGACCGAGAAAAGUGGCGCUGUCUUGUGUCGGAGGCCAAGUCUCAUUUUGGGUCGCUGAGCCAACGGAGUAAGUAAGUAAGUAGUAAGGGAUUAAUAAACAAAUCAUGCCACAAAAAUGGUAGAAUUAUUUCAUUUUCUGCAGCAUAUCUCAUCAAAGACUAAUAUAAUACUCUCUAAACAUUCUCAUCGUCAUCGUUCAAUUUGACUACCGGUCUGUCCUUGUGACCCUGCCUAUGAAGCCGAUGGUCCAGGGUUCAAAUCCUGGUAAGGGCAUUUAUUUGUUCCUGAGUCAUGGAUGUUUUCUAUGUAUUUAACUAUUUAAAAUUAUGUUUGUAUUAUAUAUAUCGUUGUCUAAGUACCCCAAACCUUAUUGAGCUUACCGCGGGACUUAGUAAUUUUUUUUUAUAAUGUUCUGAUAUUUAUUUAUUACUUUAAGGUAGUGAUCCUGCCUAAGAAGCCGAUGGUCCUGGUUCGAAUCCCAUUCCUUUCACUCGUUCAAUUUUUAUCACUUGUUAGAACAUGACAGGUAUGGUGACAAAUGAUAAAAAGCCGACCAUCUUAGCCCUACAGGUCUCAUCACAAAACUUGCGACCCUCAUCUAGUUUAGUACGUUGUCUAUGUUGUAACCCACGGAGUAACACUUCAUAAUUAUGAUACGUAGAGCUUGAAAUGAGUAUACAGUUCCCUUCUAAUCAGUACUCAAGAGUGAGUAAUGAUGCUCGCAGUAACAAGGCGAGCUUCGUUUGUUAUGUUGUUUUUGUACUGAUAUAGAAUAAAUCCCCGAUUUCACAGUCGGUUUGGAACCCCUCAUUCUUCGGAGAGUCGUUGGCUCUCUAUGCCUGUUCUACCGUCUGUACAAUGGAGAAUGUUCUGAAGAACUUUUUGAAUUGGUGCCACCGUCACGUUUUUAUCACCGCACCUCCCGCCAAAGAAACAAAGUUCAUCCUCACUUUCACGACACGUGACAAACCAAGAACAAGCGGGCAUCUCGCUCGUUUUUUCCCAGAACGUGCAAGUUGUGGAAUGAGCUACCUUCUGAGGUGUUUCCCUU